GAUGACCAAAAAUUCAUUAUUUUCCCAAUUAGCCUAAAACAAAUAUAAAGGUUCAAAAAAUGAUUUUGUACAUAACAUCUCAACAUUUUCUUGUGGUUUUAUAGUAAUAUUUGAUAUUUAUAGCGUAGUUUUAAGCAUUUAGAUUAAACGAAUGAUAUUUUGUUGCUUUAUCUGUCUAUUUAUUGCCAGAUUUCAAAUUUACAGAAACAAAACUAACAUAUGUAGUUGAAAAUAAAUUUAUGUAAUUGUUCUUCGUCUCCUAAAGUUAAAAGUUUUAGGUGGGUGUGGCCUAGCAUCACGCUUGGGCUUUGAUUGGUCAAUACAAUGUUUGGCGAUGACGUUGGAUUCCGGAAAUCGAAACUUAUUGAUCCAAAUGAUGUGAAGAAAUGAAAGUGAACUUGUGUCUGUGAUCGAUGUCGGUGUGAACUGACGCUGUUAAUACCGUGUUAAUUUGAUUAAGGCUCUGCGUGGCGCUCACGUGCUGAUCAGCGUAAACACUCGGUGAACUUCUGUCACUGGCUGUUAUUUUAGAUCUUCUUUUAACUGCAAUGGAGUCUCUGUCAGGAAACUAUAUUUCUCAGCUGAACGAGUAUCAGCAGAAGACUCAGUGCACCGUGGAGUAUGAGGAGGGAUCCACAGAUGGACCGAGCCACAACAAGACGUUCACUAUGAGGGCUAUUAUUAAUGGACAGCGGUAUCCUGAGGGCACUGGGAAAUCCAAGAAAGAGGCAAAACAAAAUGCUGCCGAGAACGCCCUUAAUGGCAUAAAAAACACUCAAAAUACUGAACCUACAACAUCAUCUGUUCAAAACACUCCCAACAAUGUGACUGUAUCUCAGAGGAAUUAUGUUUGCUGGCUCAAUGAAUAUUCAAUGAAGAACAAGUUAUCAUUCAAGGCUCGCGAGUCCAAAAAUCCAGGAAAUGCCACUCAAUUGUGUACUUAUGUUUGUAAGUAUGUUUGUGGUGAUCGAGAGUUUCCUGAGGCUUAUGGAAAAAAUAAGAAAGAUGCUAAAGAAGCAGCGGCAAAAUGUGUUUAUGAAGAGCUGCUCAAAACACAAGAUGUAGAGGUCUUCAAUGACAACAGCAAUCGAACACAGAGGUCAGAGGUUGCGUCUCGUAGUGCUAGCCUGGACCGUGCCAGUUUGAGUUUUGUUGAUGAAUCUCGAAGCUCCACGCCUGACAGCAACUACAUAGCACGUCUCAAUGACUACAGCCAGAAACGUAAACGUGCACAUGAUUUCAAAUUAGUGGAGAAACGAGGCCCUCCUCACAAUCCUGAGUUUGUAUAUAAAGUUGUCAUAGACGGGAAGGAAUACCCUGAAGGACAAGGAAAGAGCUCAAAAGAGGCAAAGCAACAUGCUGCUCAGCGCGCUUGGAGCGAGAUUAGUGAGCAAUCUGGAUGGACCACACAGAGUUCUGAAGAUGACAGCUCUUUACAAACUCAAGAGACAUCUAAAUCUCAGGAUGCACAGCACUCCUCAAAAAGCUCGUCUGAAACUCCCAGCUCAAGUUCUUCCAUUGUCUUCAAAGACUCAUCUGCUGUCAGUUCUCCUAUGGCCAUAAGUCCUAGUGUGAGUCUACUGGAUGUGAAGCCGAAAAAAAAAUUAGCACCAAAUUUUCAUCUGUCACCAAAUGGCCUGGCCGGGUGUAGAGAGAUUGGUCCUAACAUGAAUGUACAAAAGCCAGCAAAGCCAUCUGGAGGUCAAACUUCAAACCAAGCUACAAAGUCAAGGUUUUUAGAAGACUUUGACUCAAUAAAUCCAAUUGGCAAAGGUGGCUUCGGCCGUGUUUUCAAGGCAAGACGAAUACUUGAGAACACGUAUUAUGCUGUGAAGAUAGUGAAGAGUACAAAAAAAGCUCGUCGUGAGGUCGGUGCUUUGGCUAAGUUUAAUAACGCCAACAUCGUCCGCUACUACACAUGUUGGGUCGAGGACACAUCGUACAGACACGAUUCUUCAGAGAGCUCCAGCCACUCAGAUUCUGGCAGUGACCCGGGAACAAAGUACCUCUACAUUCAGAUGGAGCUUUGUGAGGGAGACACGCUUCGUGCCUGGAUUGAUAAAAAUAACUCUUCAAAUGUUGAUUAUCCAGCGAGGAGGACGGAUGCAGCACAGAUCAACAGGCAGGUGCUGAAUGCCGUGGAGUACAUUCACAAAGAGGGCUUGAUCCACAGAGACCUGAAGCCUCUGAACAUAAUGUUCAGCGGCGAGGGAAGAGUAAAGGUUGGAGACUUUGGCCUCGUGACUGCAGCAGAAAAUGACAAUGACAGGCAACUGCUGGAACGGACUAAAGGGACAGGAACCCGUAUUUACAUGAGCCCAGAGCAGGUGGCUCACACAUCCCAUGACAAAAAGGUGGAUAUAUAUGCUUUGGGUCUCAUAUACUUUGAACUCAUCUGGAAACUUGUCAAAGUGUCUAAAAAGAUUUGGGAAAACAUAAGAGUUAGGAAUUUUCCACCACAGUUCUCCGGGAAAUUCAGCUUUGAGCACAAGCUCAUAGAUCGAAUGCUGAGUCCCAGUCCUGCAGAGAGACCAGACGCCUCAGAGCUGAUCAGAGAGAUGGACCGAUAUUCAGCCAUGCUGAAAGGUGAUCCCAGUGACUUAAUUUCAGGAUUGUCUGAUAGUUUUGAUGUGAUUGCAAAACUUGGUGAAGGAGGCUAUGGCUGCGUUUAUAAAGUAAAACAUAAAUAUGAUGACAAGAUCUAUGCUGUAAAGAGGGUUAUCUUAACCGGAAAAGCUGAUUCUGAGGUGAAGACACUGGCCCGGCUAGAUCACCCAAACAUAGUGCGGUACAUCACAUGCUGGCCAGAUUCUGACAACUGGACGUCAAACCAAGGAAGAAACCAAGUGUCCGACACACCAGGUUCUUCAUCAGAUGAAGUUGACGAAGAUGAUGAAGAUGGUGACAGUGACACAUCAGGAGUGGAAAGUCUGGGUGUGACCGAAUCAGCAUCCGCUGCUGCGGAGUCCUCAAGAAACAACAGAACCGACAGUUCAAAUCACAGCAGGACAUAUUUAUUUAUUCAGAUGGAGUUCUGUGAGGGAGGAACACUGACUGAUUGGAUACAGACAAGAAAUUAUCUGAAAAAAGAGAGAACCACAGUGGAAAUCCAUCAAAUAUUUUAUGAAAUUAUCACUGGAGUGGAAUUCAUCCAUGCAAACAAUCUCAUCCACAGAGAUUUAAAGCCUGAUAACAUACUGUUCGGUGCUGAUGGCAAAGUGAAGAUCGGAGACUUUGGGCUGGUGGCAGCUCAGACCGAUCAAAAUGGUGACCUUACAGAGAGAUCAAACAGAGGAAGUGUGUAUAACAGUUAUAUGAGUCCUGAACAGGAAAAUGAGAGGACUUAUGAUGAAAAAACUGAUAUUUUUCCCCUUGGACUAAUAUGGUUUGAGAUGCUCUGGGAAAUGUCUACUGGUAUGGAGAGAGUGGAGCUGUGGAAACACCUGAAAAAUCAAAGGUUUCCAAAAGGUUUCAGUCAGAGUUAUUCGACUGCGAGUACAUUCAUCAUGAAGAUGCUGUCGUAUUCACCAGAGCACAGACCACAUGCAAGAGAAAUAAAAGAAAUUCUUGAGACGUUUUUCUCUCUGGAACAGGAUCUGUUAAGCCAGAAAACCGUCUGAGAUUUUUCUGUAUGGAAACUGUCUCAGCAGUUUGAUUGGGUCCUUUCAAAAUAAUGAAUUACCACAAAGUUCAACUGACGGGUGAACCAACGUUUCUGUUUUGAUGAUUUCUAGGGUUGGGGGAAAAAAAAAAUCGAUUCACCUAACUAUCGCAAUUCUUUUUAAAACGAUUUAAAAAUCGAUUGGUGUACCUCAGAAACGAUUUUUAUUUAAUUAUUUUAUUUUUCCUAAGAGGUGGUGGGGAGAAAUUAGCGCUUUGUAAUUCCAAAAGAGGUCCAUCGGUGUGUUGGACUUGGAACAGCACCGCGCAGAUGAUCAGCGUCUGACAUCAGAGUACCGCGAGAGCGAUUCGGUCAGUUUUGUUCAGUGCGCUCUCGAAUUCUCUCAUCAGAAACAAGAAAGUGCAGAUGUACAUGCGAUGUAAGAGAUUAAUUCAUCAUUUACACUGCAGAUAACAUCACUGAUUACAGUUUAUAGCUUUUUGUAGAGUGCAUACACUCAUGCUAGACUGAAUUCCGUUAUAUUCUUUGAUAAUGUAAAUGUUCUUUGCUCACUGUAUAAUCAUCAUGUGGCAUAAGUAAACGUAAAAUGUCUUUUUAUUAAACGUGAUCAGGUUAAAUACAAAUUCAGUCUUAUUAAAAUAUUUUGUCAUAAUAUGGAUAGCCUACUUGAAAUACAAAUGAAAUACAAAACUUGCUCUCAUGUGAAAAGAGGACUUUGGACCACUGGGCAACAGUCCAGUUCUUCUUCUGCUUAGCCCAGGUAAGACGCCUCUGACGUUGUCUGUGGUUCAGGAGUGGCUUAACAAGAGGAAUACGACAACUGUAGCCAUAUUCCUCGACACGUCUGUGUGUGGUGGCUCUUGAUGCCUCGACCCCAGCCUCAGUCCAUUCCUUGUGAAGUUCACCCAAAUUCUUGAAUGGAUUUUGCUUGACAAUCCUGAUAAGGCUGCGGUUCUCUCGGUUGUUUGGGCAUCUUUGUCUUCCACACUUUUUCCUUCCACUCAACUUUCUGUUAACAUGCUUGGAUACAGCACUCUGUGAACAGCCAGCUUCUUUGGCAAUGAAUGUUUGUGGCUUACCCUCCUUGUGAAGGGUGUCAAUGAUUAUCACACCUGGACAGAAUAUGAGUGACCACAGGACUUCAUGUCAGCCUCAGAGUCAUCUUGUGGUUGACAUCCCACAAGGACACUGAUAACACCACGCAGCCAAAACAAGCUUUCCUCAUGGAAAUAACCACAAACAACCUGGAUUUUAUGUUUCUAAAUGAAACAUGACUUGAAGACAGCUGCAGUGCAACAGUCCUCAAUGAAACAGCCCCUCCUAACUUUAACUUUACAAGUGUCUGCAGCACUGUUAGGAGAGGUGGAGGUGUAGCUGCUCUAUUUAAAGAUGUUUAUCAAUGCAAGCAAGUGUCAUUUGGUCAGUAUUUGUCUUUUGAAUACCUAGGUAUUGUGCUGAAAGGUGCUCCACGCAUUCUGUUUAUCAUUAUUUACAGGCCUCCAAAAUACUCUCCAGCCUUUGUUGAAGAGUUCACAGAACUGUUAUCAAUGAUUUCCUCAGAGUUUGACUGUUUUACUAUUGCAGGGAUUUUAAUAUUCACA